GAGUUUUCGAUUGAUGCACUUUCUAUUAAGCCGCCUUCUUCAUCAUCGUCAGCUCAACGUUUCUGCCCAACUUUUUAACGUCAGCCAUUAUGAUGUUAUCACCGAUAUGUCCAACACUUUCACAUGCUUGAAAGAGAUUUUAAACGCUCCUUCAUAUCCAUCAAACAAAGUAGACCAAAGUGUUGUGGAAAUAGUGGUCGCACGCUUGACAGCUGCAAUUCGAGAAACUGGCUCAAUUGAAUCAUAUGCGGCGGAGUUAGUUGAUGUUCUCGAUGAAGUUCUUCGACACCCUAUGACUACACUGAAUGAAAAAUGUCAAGAUGUUGAUAGCCCCCAUUGCAAAAUUGCCUCGGAUUUGUUGUCGAGUUUGUUCUUGCAUUAUGGCAAUAAACCAGUGAUGACACUCACAAUCCCAGUUGCGUUGAAGUGCUUGAACUCGGAGAAUGGUGAACUGGUCAAGAAUACGACGAGUUACAUAUCACUAGCUGCAAUUCACAAUGGAAAAUCACUAUCAUCGCAUGCACUUCAGAUCAUUUCCAACGUUGUCAGAGGAAAUUAUUCAUUGAUUAGAGUGCUACCGCAUAUUUAUCCCGACAAUAAGGAACCAUUUCAUGCACAAUUGUCACAAUUGAUUGAUCUGCUUCAAAACACUGAAGUCGACUGCAGUGAAAAACUAUCACUACUGCAACUUUCCUCAAUGGUGGCCAAUACCAAGCCGGAUGUCCUGAUUCCCUUUCUUCCACGUUUCGACGUAUAUCUCUUGUCUCCACAGAUGUCAACUGCGCUUCUCAAUAUUUAUAUGUCACUGAUCUCUCAAAACCGUACUAAGUCCCUAUCUCAAUUCCUACCGACACUCAAAUUGGCUGCCCAGUCAAAUGAGUUUAUAAACAAUCGAACUACAAUUUGCAAAAUAAUUGCAAACAUAGGUCGUGUGUCCUCCCCACUUGCUUCUGAAGCAGUCGACGAGCUUGUUCUAAUGGCUCGAAACAACUCAUCGGAUCAGCAAAUACUCCAAACAGUUCUGAAUGAAAUUGAUGCAAUCGGAUCAAUUCAUCCAACUUCUCUUAGAAGACAUGUAUCGUUCUUCCAAACACUUCCAACGAGUAGAAUUAUUGAACGGAUUUUGGCGCAUCUAAAUCCUAACAAUAGUGAAAAUAUCAUGUCGUACGAUAUCAAAGAGCAAUCAACAGAGUCGCUGCUUUCAAAGAAUUCUAAAGUAUUUGGAAACCUGAUUACUAGUGGCGGAAGAACUGUUUUCGAAGUUUGCGACUCUCCAACAGUGGAAUUGUGUGAGCUCGAUAGGAAUACGCAUUCACUGGCAAUGCAGUACCAGAACAAUCGGUCAAGUGGAAGCUUAAGUCGUCGGAGUCACGCUAGCAUCGCUCAUUCGCUAGGAGCUGGAACUCACGGACCAUAUUCUGAUAUCAACGAGUCUCGUGAACUUUCAAUGAUCUCGAUGCCAUCAAGUUCCCGAACAAAUGUACUACUGGCACAACCAACGUCAUCUUCUACUUCUCGCAUUCAAACACUUCCACACGCGUUUGCUCCUCAGGCAAUGACUCAAAUUCAAAUGGGAAAAGAUGGGCGAGUGAGACCUGUUGGCGGAGGCCGUCGACCUGUACAAUGGCCAGCUGGAAGCACAGAAACUACAUUUCCAGCUCAUUUGGGCCCAAUCACCACCUCAAAAAUGUGUGCUUUGAAUGAAGAAGACGAGAAGUGGAUCAAUAAUGAUCGUAAUGAUGUUGUCUACAAGUUUGUUGAGCAUCGAAAAAAUAAAAUUCGUCGGUAUAUUGGAGAAGUGAACGCAAGAUUUCCAGUUCCUGUGCAAUGCACUGUUGAAGGCUCAAAAAACUCCAAACACCGCAUGGUCAUUCACUUCUCGUGUCAAACUCGUUCUUCGCCAUGUUGUGUAUUCACCAAGGAAUACCUAUUUGCAUUUAAAACUAAAUAUCCAGCAUUUUGGCUUCAUUUCAUGUUUCUGCAAAUGGAAUGUUCGGCAAUAACCCAAUUCGGUGAAGUUGUCGGAAAGGACUCACAGCAGUACCAAACGCUUGAACAUUGUUGGAAGUGUUUACCGAGUUCUAUAACAAAAAGUGUUCCCUUUGAUACAAUGAUCACUGCAGCUUUUCCAAACUCAAAAGACCAGAACAAGCUGAUUAAGGAACUUGACGAAGCUGGAUUUUUCGCUUGUUUUACAAUGGACUCUACGAAUAAUAUGUGGAAUUGCAUUAGUUGUACGAAUCCUGAAAAAGUGAAAUACUUUGUUGAAGAAGGAGGCGCCGAAAAAGUAUUGGAAGGACAGUUGAAAGAGAAAAAAGGGCGAUGGAGGUUUUUGAAACGAUGGAACACCAAAUACUUUACCUUGUCAUCGGCUGCAUUGAAUUAUAGCACACAACAUAUGCCGACUGAUUCCCGAGCACUCCUUCCCUCAAUCGAUCUUCGUUCUAUCCGAUCUGUCAGAUCGCUCGGUCGUGGAAAGAAAGCUAGAAAGAGUCUAAGAAAGGCAUUUGAAAUUUUCACAGCUGACAAUACAUCAAUGAUUCUGAAAGCCAAAGAUGAAAAAAAUGCGGAGGAAUGGCUUCAUUGUCUACAGAUUGCAAUGGCUCAUGCAAGAAGGGAAUUGGCUUAAUUCACCUGAUUUUAAUAUUAUAAACUUUAUUUACAAUAAU